AUGGGCGAAAUCGUAGCAAUGGAGAGCAACAUACCUUAUCUGCACAGAACACAGACAUCUCAGCAACUCAAUGUCGAUGGCGCGCCAUACCUUAUGCUAGAUGGAGAGGUUCAGAACUCGCAGUUCACUUCUGCGAGCUACAUGAAGAGUGUAUGGCCAAGGUUGAAGGCUGCAAAUCUGAACACCGUCUUCGGCAGCGUCACUUGGGAGCAGAUCGAGCCGACAGAGGGCGACUUCCAGUUCGGCGAGCUUGAUCAGACCAUUCGUGGUGCCCGAGAACAUGGUUUGCGUUUGGUUCUGCUAUGGUUUGGCAGCUUCAAAAAUGGUCUAUCGACAUAUACACCGGCAUGGGUCAAGCAGAACCCAAAGCGUUGCCCAAGGGCAGAGAUCGGGACGAAGGACGGCAAGAAGAAGAUGGGAGACGUAGUCUCGAUCUUUGGCGCCGAGGCACAGCGCGCAGAUGGCAAAGCAUUUUCUGCCUUCAUGCGCCACAUCAGGGCCAUCGAUGAAGAGCAUGCCACCGUGAUCAUGGUCCAGGUAGAGAACGAAGUCAGUCUGCUAGGAGAUCCGCGAGACCGAUCGCCUUUGGCUGAAGCAUGUUGGAACCAGCCGUUGCCGUCAAAGUUGCUCUCGAAAAUCCACAACGAGUGGAACUCGCACAAUGAGGCUUUCCGACGCAACUUUGGUGAGCUGGAGACAACAGAGCUGAGCAGGAUCAAGACCUGGGAUGACAUGCCUGGAAAGAGAGUCUUCGUCGAAGAGCUGUUCAUGGCAUAUCACUACAGCCUAUAUGUGGAAGGCAUUGCAGCUGCUGGCAAGGAGUCCUACCCAUUACCAUUAUACACCAACGUCUGGCAGAACUAUGCCGGUGACACGCACGAUGAGAACGCGCCCGUGGCAGCCGGAGGAGACAAGCCCGGUGACUAUCCUUGCGGCGGCGGAGUGACCAACGUGCUGGAUAUCUGGAAGACGUUCGCACCAUCUUUGGAUCUCAUUGCUCCGGAUAUAUAUCUGAACGACUAUGCCGCUUCUUGUGCGGCAUAUCGUCAUCGUGGUCAAGCUCUUCUCAUCCCUGAACAGCGUCGAGACGAGUAUGGAGCUCGUAGGAUCUGGACUGCUCCUGGGUCAUACCAAUGCAUUGGUACAGCGCCUUUCGGCAUCGACACUCUUUCCCUUCCCGAUAACCCGUUUCGGAGACAUUACGCUCUCUUGAAGAGCGUGAAGACCUAUGUUCUGGAAGCUCAGGCGCGCACGGACGGAUGUAUUGGCUUCUUCUUCGACGAGAUCCGAGAGGAUGGCAGUGAUCCGUCUCUCCCCGUCUCGGCUCGUUUUGGUAGUUGGGAUCUCGUCAUUGAGCGGUCCUUCGUGUUUGGUCGACCUGCUGCUGGGUCGGGAAUAGUGAUUCACAAGGGCAAGAACGAGUUCCUGCUCAUCGGCUGGGGCUUUCAAGUCAGUUUCACAUCGACUGACCCGCAGACCUGCUUCAACGGCUUGCUCAGGUUUGAGGAGAAGGAGGUUGAUGUAGCUUCUGGUGCAUUAAGAACGUUGCGAUUGCUCAACGGUGACGAGACGAGAAGUGGGCAGUUCGCAAUCAUGCCUAGCGAGGAUCCGGACUAUGGCGGAUUCCCCAUAUCCAUCACGAUACCUGCCAAUACUGGCAUUGCUGUCGUUGAACCAUAUGCUCUUACGGCUGAAUGA